AGGGGAGCCCCCGCUCCCAACACCCUGGCCCGGGACCCCCCUGACCCCCCCACCUCCGCCAACCCAGUCUGGUCUCUGGCUGUCCAUGGUGGCCGUGGCUUUCUGGGGGGCAGGGGGUGGUGGAGGCCGUGGGCGGUGGGUGAGGAGGGGGCAGCCAGGCGGGCUGGGGGUUGUGGGUGAGGAAGCCCAGUAGGGACUGAAGCUCCCGGGGGCACAGGCCAUGGAGGUGAUGGGGCUGAUGCUGCUCUGUGGCUCUCGGGGGUUCGCAGCUUGGAGAACGUGGCCAGAGCGUCAGGGAAGUUGGGCGGCGUGGCCGGUGUGUUGCUGGGGGUGCACAUCUGCGGGGGUGUCAGAUCGGCCAUGGAUGGUUUUUGGAGUCCCAACCUGCCAACUCCCCAUCACUGAAGAUCUGGCUGCAUCCCGCACCAGGGGAUGCUCGAAGCCGAGCUCUGGUGGGUAUUGGGGUACCCAGCGCUGCAGGGUCUGGGUGGCACCCCCAGAACGUGGGGGCUGCCUGGGGAGGAUCUCCAGCCCAGGCAGGGCCAGCUCGGGCUGCGAAGAACAGUUUGGACCAUCCAGGGUGCUUAGAGCGCUGGGGUGCAGCGGGUUUGGGGAGGGGACACUGCUCUGAUGCCAGCUGCCCCGGGCAGGGAUGAGGUGAUGCAAUGAGGACCAGCACGAUGGGUGGGGAGAGUUUUGGGGUCCCUCAGGACCCUCUUCACCCGGCUCCCUGUCCCCUGCUCCACUUCGCACCCCAUUAGGACACAGAAAGUCAGGCAGGGCCCCCGGGACACGAGGCGCUGGCCGGGCCCCUCGCGGUUCCCGGCACGGCCCCUGCUUUCUGAGCACUGAGCUGAAUUUAGUGCCCUCCCCACCUCCCCCCCGGACAGACCCGGCCCUUUUUGAGGCCAGUCUUGCCAAAAACCCCAGGAGCUCACGAUGAAAAUGAGAAGUUAAAUGAUUCCUCACAACACCAUUCAACACAAGAACCGAGAGGUUUUUGACACCUGCUUCCUUGUCGGUGUCCUACUGAGCACUAGCACAAAGCCAAGAGUGUUGCUCAGCAGCACCAACCGCGUCUGCCAGGAAUUAAUCUUCAACAUGAACCAGGGGCAGCAGAAGGCAGUCACCAGCACCACAGACAGCAAAGGAGAAGUCUGCAAGAUCCCAUAAGGCUGGAAUAGACUGUUGGCAUCUGCUCUCCACGGCUAAAGUGGAGGAGAGCGUAGAGGGAAAAGAAAUGAAAGUCAUUGACAGUGAAAAAUGCGUGGCGAAACACAGGAGGUUCUGACACAAGAAGACCCUCCCGGGAGCAAGCCAUGACUUCUGGAGCCAGCAUCUCUGGCCCGGGAUGAACGCUUGCCCAUUGCCGUGCGGCCACUUGGGGUGCAAAACUGGGGUUUGAGAGGGGCUGUUGCCCCCCGGUGUCUUGCUCUGCCUGGAGAUGUCUGUGCAGAGGUCCCUGGACAGGACGCCUCUUCCUCAGUCAGCGCUGGCAAAAACCAUCUGGGGACACGCUCCGUCCCCUGGAACUCUUCCUUGUGUGACUCGCAGCUCACGUGUGACAGCGCUGCUCCAAACUUGGCCAUCUCCAAGGACCGGCUUUCUUUGGGAUGUGGGGUUCACUCUCAGAGGAAUCAUGGCAGCCCUGCUUUCUGUGUUGGGGUCUCCCUUUCAGCUAUGGAGCAGCUUCAGUUUGCAGUGCAAAAGGAUCUUGCAAUGGCUGUGUAGCUAGCAGCAGCGUUUCUGAAGCAUCAGAGGAGAUGUCAGAGCCAUGAGGCUGAGGGACGGGACUCCCAGCACAAGAUUGCCCGUGUUUCAAAAGGGAGGCAGCCGUGCCAGCUGGAGAACCUCUCUCGCAGCUCCAUCCCCAGCAAAGAGCUGUCUCUAGAGCAGUUUGUGCUGCUUACAGGCAAGAUCAGCCUUUGCAUUUGAACCACCUUCUUGCAGAGGUGACAGGAAACAUCCUCUGGUUUAUGUCGUUCCAGCUGCAAAGGCCAGGACAGUGUUCAUGGGGGAGCAAGCGAUGAGCACAUUUCCUGGUCAGCAGCCGCUGGCUCGUGCCAACGGUCAAGAGAGGCAGAAGAAAUCCCUUCAGAACAGCUCCCUCUCAAAAGACACCCUUCUGCUUGAUGAACCGCAGGGAAAGGCGUCCUAAACCAGGCACUUUGACCUUGUUUUCAGCCCAGGUUCCCAGUGCUGGUGCACUCGUGAGCCAGUCGCUGCACAUCUGCCGCCAAGGGGAAUCGCCUCCGAGGCCAACUGUGCCAUGGGGAAAGGAAAGGGUGAGACGUCGGGAGAGUUUGAUUUAGUGCACAACACGGAUAAAGCCAUUCUUUCUGCAAUUAAAACUGAGGGUAUUUAAUUGAGUGAAAUGAGAUUUCAUUCCCCAUGACCUGUCUGAUUGUACUUUGAAUCUGGGCACGGGCUGCAGUGACCUGCCACAACAUUUGAGGUGUCACCAGCUGCAUUGUAGGUGGUAAAGUGGGAAAGGCAGGAGGGAGCCUCAGCAUCUCCCAUCCCGUGGAUGACUUCAUCACAAAGGACCAGGGCGGCGCCUGCUGGCUCCUGGGGCGGCUGUUGCCAGGCAACAGAGACACUAUAUUGUCCCCUGUCACCUGUGCCCCUCGCCCAUUUGGUCACUGGCCGUGGUGGGAUCACUUGCCGUGGUGGGAUCACUGUGGUGGUGGACUCAUUUUGGCAGUUGGAUCGCUUUCGUGGUGGGAUCGCUAUUGGUGGUUGCAUCACUUUUGGUGGUAGGAUCGCUACUGGUGGUUGAACCACUUCUGGUGGUUGAACUGCUGUUGGUGGUUUUAUCACUUUCGGAACUUGGAUCUGUUUGGCGACUGGAUCACUUUCAUCACUCGGAUUGCUUUUGGCACUUGGAUCUGUUUGGUGACUGGAUCACUUUCUGUGGCAAGAAGGAGGAGGAGAAAGGCUGCUGGCUGCCCAUCCCUCCAACAUCAUCUCCGGACAGAAGAGCUCCCGUCUUCCCACAUCCAGUUCAGUGUUUUCGGGCAGAGCAGCAGCGAUGGCCACACGUGGACUGCUGGAGAUGCUGAACGCCGCCAUGGGGACACCCCAUUUGGGGGUUGUCGACUUGGUGGCACUGCACAAAUUGCUUGAGGCCAUCAUCGGGCAGCUGGGCCAGCAGGAGCUGUCUGUCCUGGAGCCAGGGCAGAGCCCGGCCCCCGGCCUGGCAAAGGAUCAGGACAGCAAGGCCCAGCCUGGCCAGGAGAAGGAGGAGGAUGGAGCCCUGGGCACAGGGCAGCACCUCUGGAAACCAAAGCAGCAGCUGGAUGAGAAGGACACGCUGGAGGGGACCGGGAGCAACUCCAAGGUUUCCUCCGUGGCCAAGGAGGCCAUGCCAAAAACAACGGAAGAGGAGAAGAGAGAUGUCCCCAAGAAAAGGGCUUCGCUCCAGGACCUGUGGGAGGAGAUCAGCAAGUUUAAGGAGGCGCAGUCCAGCCUGGAACAGGACGUGCGGGAGAUGAAGGAGGCCAUGCAGGAGGCGCAUUCUGGCCUGGAACAGGACAUCCAGGAGGUGAAGGAGGCACAUGUCGGCCUGGCAGAGGACAUGCAUGCCCUGCAGGAGGCGCAUUCCGGCCUGGCGGAGGACAUCCAGGAGAUCCAGGAGACGCUUGGCCUGGAGGGUGGUGGGGGCCAGUCUGCCCCCGCUGAGCCCACCCAGGUGGCCAUGGACAGCCAGGCCAGGAGGAGCUCAGCACUGGAGCCAAAGGGACGUGGGACACAGCCUGGGAUGGAGACCAGCAAGGGGACUGCAGGGUCUGGCUCCCCGGGGAUGCAAGCAGGGAUACAGGGGCAACCAGCGACCCCUGUGAAGUUGUCAGGCGCUCCCUCCAUUCACAAGAGGUCUAUUGGUGCCAGCGCCACCACCCCGGGGAUGCAGCCAGGAUCCCCGGGCACCCAGGCCAGCACCUCCCUGGGGACACAACCAGGGGCCCCUGAUGCCCAGGCCAGCACCGCGGGGAUGCAGGCAGGAUCCCCUGGGACCCACACCACCACCCCUGGGGUGCAGCCUGGGUCCUCCAGCUCCAAAGCCACCAUCCCAGGGGAUGCCCAAGAGCCGGCCAAGCCCUGGGGCUCCACCAGCACCUCAAGCUACGAGUCGGAGAUGCGGGAGGUGCUGUCACAGGUUGGGCAGCUCGGCCAGCUCUGCGCUGGUCUGAAGGAACAGGUGGAGCAGCUUAAAUCUACAAAAGCAGAAAGCACAGAUCUUGAGGACGUGCGCCGGCUCUUCCCAAAGGGAGGCCGGCAGAGCAUCACCAGCAUCCUGGCCGACCUCAGGUGCCAGGUGUCCUUCCUGCAGGACAUGGCCAGGGCCCUCCACGGGGAGAAGGAGAAGAUCAGCAAGGUGGAGGAUGCUCCCAGAAAGACGAGGGGGUCUGGAGCCGGUAGGAAAGCAGACGGCAGUGGCCAGAUGACCCAACAGCCGCGGCCCAAGGGACAGAAGGUCAAGGCAGAGCGCAAGGAGCUGGGGAAGCAGCAGGAGCCAACCCAGGCCGAGCUGGAGCAGUUUGCGGCCAAGUACGUGAAUAAGUUGGUGAUGGAGGCAGCGCAGCAGCUGCAGGCAGAGCAGCAGGACGAGCCGAGGACGACGGCGCAGAGCGGGGGACACGAACACGCAGGGUGCCACGUCUGCAGCCCGGACACCAGGGUGCUGCUGGGGAAACUCCUCCAGCGCUGCGAGAAGCUCGAGGAGCAGGUGGAGUCCCUGGUCCAGAAGGCGGGCGGCAAGGUGGAGAGUCAUCCGAAGUGGAGGAGACAGUCCCUGCAGCAGGACGAGCAACUCAAGUGCCUCCAGGCCAGCAUCAUGCAGCUACAAAAGGACUAUGAGAAGUUGAGCUCGGCCCUUGCAAACCUCCAGCAGGAUCGUCAGCAGAAGCAGAAUGACAUCAAGGCUCUGUCCCAGGCCCUGGGGAGGCUGGAGAAGAAGCAAGCAGACAAGGAGGAGAUGCUGGUGCUGGGAAUCGAUGAGAAAGCAGACAAAGCCGCCCUGGCUGACAAAGUCAGUCGCAGCCAGCUUGAGGCGUGCGAGGAGCGGCUGACCAAGAUGAUGGAGGAGGUGACGAGCCGGGUGACGGGCCAGGAGAAGGGCUGGCACCAGUUCCAGCGAGAGCUGCAGAGACAGAUGGACUGCAAGCUGGACCGCCGGGAGCUGGGGGCGUUCCGGCAGCAGCAGGAGGAGCGGUGGAAGAGCCUCAGCGGGCAGCUCCAGGAGAAGGCGCUGCAGGCAGAGCGUGACGAUGCCGCUGGGAUUAGGAAGCAGCUGCUGCCCGGUUUCCAUUGCCUGUCCUGCGACCGGCCCCUCAACAUGCUGGCACCUGGACCGGAGCGGACGGGCGAGUGUAGAUACCCCACUGUUCCGCGGAGCUGCGGAGGCCAACACACCGUCACGCCCCCGCGUUUCCAGCCCCAACCGCCCAGCACCCCACGGCCAUCCAAACCCAGUGCCCGCAGCCCCAACAAGAAGGACGCGAUGCAGCUGUCGGGCCAGGACGGCACUGAUGGGAACCGGCAGGACGAGCAGCUCUCCAUGAUGGGGGGCUCUGAGCUGCCCACAAUGCCAAGGGCCACCCCAGACACCCCGACCUCCAGGAACCGGCCAAGCACCCGCUCCUCGCUGAGAUCAGCCGUGCUGCAGCACCUACCAGUCUCGUCUCCCAGACGCUUCACCCUGGCACCGCAGCUGCUGCCGCCCAUCCCGCCCCCCCGCCGUGAACCAACCCCCUGACAGCCGGGCAGGACGGGGUCCCGGCCCCGGUCCCACCGCCCCGGGCACUGAGCAGGCAGCGGCUGCAAUAAAUGGCGAUGGGAAACCAAGCACCGGUGUGGUCUGAGAGGAGUCCCUGGGGCAGGAUGGCAGAAAGCCCCGCUGUGUUUGCUUUUUCAGGAGAAAAAUAAGUGCUAAAAAGGCGCUUUGGGGGUGCCCAGGUGGAUCCAGUUGGUAUCCAGGCCCCCCCAGAAGGAGCACGGGGAGCAAACCAGUGGGCACCAGGGCAGAGCCAGCAGAGGCCCAUCCUGCCCCCGGGUGGGGCUGAGGUGUCCAUGGGCUUCAGAAACACCCCUGGGACUAACUGGGGGGACGGGGUGAGGGGGAACCAGGGGGCUGUGCAAGAAGCCGGGCUGGCUGUUGGCAGCCGGAGGAGGGGAGCGCUUUGCGCUUUGCUCUGGGUCAGGGGAUCCAGAACUGGGGGGACGCAGCAGCUUCGUGCCCCGCCCCGGGGUGCCCACGGCCGCCAUGUCGCAGAUGUAUUGUUAACCCCGUCUCCCCCCCACUUCCCCCUUUUGCCCCUCCCUCUCCCCCCUUCCCACUCAGGACAGGCGAUCCGGAGGGAAAGAAGGACACAGAGAAGAGAGUUGGAAAAACUGGCAAUGUUUUACUAAUGCUAUAUUAAGAGUAGAGAAAAUAAUACAAAACCAAUCCUGAAAGUCUCAGCAACUGCAGAGCCGGCACCUGAAGUCCUGGACUGGACUCUGCAGCCAACCGGAGCUGGAUUCAGUCUCUCAGUAGGCCUCAGUUUGCAGGGACGACUAGCAAGGUCCUCUCCUAAUGUCACCAUAAGUAGAAGGGACGAAAAGGGACAAAGAGGACAAGAUCCUCAUGAUCUGCCACUUCUAUAUGAAGUAUUCAUGUGAAGGGGAUGUUAUACACGGUUGGUCAGUUUGUUGGUCACCUGUUUCUUGUUGCUCCUCUUGCAAGAUGUGAAUCUGUCCUUAUCAACAAGUAAGCAUUCCAUUGCAGUGUUUAUCAAAACAUGUAUGUGUCUGGUUCUCCAGGAAAAGGCAGCUAAUAUGAAGCUUUAGCUGACAGGCAAAUUCAUGCUGUCUGCCUAUCAGAUUGCCGGAGGGGCGGGCGUCGAGGGCUGGGUACUGCGUGCCGCCCGCAGCCAAUGAUGGUGCGGAAGAGGCGGGCGUUGCGGUGUCCCUACUGCGCAUGCCCCAGUUGCGAGCGCUGAUAGGCGGAGAGGGAGAUGAUUGACGUGUCCCGGGGAGCGAACCGGGAUGCGGCAAGGGGCGGGUGCUGCAGUCUCCCUAGUGCGCAUGCCCAAACCGCGAGCGCUGAUAGGUCCGCGGUGUCUCGGGGCCGGGGCCGGGGGGGGGAGACCGGGAGCGAACGGGAACGGGGGUCGGGGCGGCUGCGGAGCGCUCGCUGCGGCCGGCGCCCGGGCAUCGGGAGGCGGGCGGCUCAGGGCCGCCCUUCGUGAGGUUCCCCGGAGGCGGCAGGAGGGCGGAGGGGAAGGAGGCGACAGCCGGGGACCUCCCGCCGCGGGCGUCUUCGGGGCGCGGCGGCUGUCGGUGCCCGCGGAGCCCGGCGGGACGGCGGGGGAGCGCGAGGGGAACGGAGCGGCGAAAGAGGCGGCAGGUGAGUGCGGCAGCGGCGAGGGUGACCGUGCCGUUGGAACGGGGGGAGCGGGAGGGGCCGGCGCGGCGCGGAGGCGUUCGGUUCCGGUUCCCCCCCCCCCCCCCCGCCCUUACGGCCGCGCUGGCGAAGCUGCUGGGAGGCGUGCGGUCCGGAGCCGCGUCUCCCUCCGGCGCAGCGCCCGUGCCCGGUGCGGCAGCCCCUCCGGGAGCGGCGCAGCCCCCGUCGGUCGCGGGGACGGUUACAAGCAGAGCUAAGGCGCGGUUGCGGGCGGGCUGGGUGGCGUGGCGAGCGGGGCGCCGCUCCGGCGGGAGCUCGGGGCGAGCCCCGGCGGGUUCCGUGUCCUGCGGGCGCGGCUUUCGCGCCGCGGCUCUCUCUGUGCGCUUUUUUGUUUGGUCGCGUUUGUUUUUUGGGUUUUUUUUGGCGGGAUUCCCGCGAAACGCGGCACGAGCGCUCGCCCGGGGCUGCCGCGGCGGGUCUCAGUGGCGCCGUCCUGUGGGCAAAGCGCGGUACUGCACCCGGCCGCCCCAACGCGGUGCCGCGGCGCGCCUCGGUGCUGCCGCCCUGUGGCGAAACUCGGGUACUGCAGCGCCCGGCAAGGUGGGGGGGCAGAGACGCCGAUCGAGCCGCGAGGGUUCGCGGUCGGGUCUGCGCGUGCCGGUGUCCGUCCCCCCCCGACGGGGGUCAGGUCCCCAUUGGUGUGCAAACGACAUCCCUCCCUCGGGGCCUCCUUAAACGUUUAAUGACGUAAAUAUUGCUCCUGCUAACGUUGUCGGCGCGGCUUCUUUCCUCAGGGGAUCCGUCCGGCAGUCGGUGGCCCACGGUCGCUCGGCAACAGCAGAAGCGGAUUGAAGGGACCGGCCGCUGGAGGAUGCCGAAGCCUCCCGGGUCAGCGGUGGGAGCAGCUUUGCGUAAAGCGAGGGGUACGUGAAGCCGGGCGUGCGGUGCCGACCGCCCAGCAGGUAAGGGAAGCUAAAGCUUUACCUCCAGGGACUUCUGCCCAGAAAGCUGAAGCAAUUGCUCUCGCGUGAGCUGUAGAGUUACGCAAAGAGAAGAAGAUUAGUGGCUGCACUGAUUCUAAGCAGGUUUCUUGAAGGGUGCGGGCCCUUGAAGCCGUUUGAAAAGAAUAAAGUGUAUUAACGGCACAAGGGAGGCAGAUUAAACGUGAUGCUCCGGUUGCUGGAAGCUGUGCUGUUGCUAGGAGAGUUGCCGUCACGCGUUGCAACGGGCCUCAGAAGGGAAACGCUGCUCAGGAAACUGGCCAUAAAUUGGCAGGCGCCGCGUCAAACCAGCCACCGAGAGGACAGAGACCGGUACGGAAGCCGCGUCUCUGAGCCCAGGUGGCCGUGUCCUCCAGCCAACGUCAGGAAACUGUAACAAAGAGGAUAAGCAAUUAAUAGGAGAUUUAUAGCCCGAUCAGAAUUAGGGUCCAAAGGAGCCGUCACCGGCGACGGGAGAGCAGCGGCGCCUCGCGGCGCGAGGAGCUGAUGCGCUCUGUCGAGAUCGGACGAACAGGUAAGAGCGAAUUUAGAAGCUCUGUGCGAACGAGGCAAUGGGAAACGUGCCUAGAAAACCAUCUUGAUGGUGCACGCGGGGUACAGACAAGAGCAGCCGGACGAGGGAAACGUACCAGGACAACGCUGGCAAAGGGAGUUCUCCGAGCUGCCUGGAAAAGGGGGGUGUCGAUACCGGCCGGCACGAACGGCUCCCUUCUCGGGUCGGCCGGAAGCGUUGCCGUGCCGGGGGGCGGCUGCCGGCCUGCGGGCCGGGGCUGCGGCUGUUUGGGGCGCUGCCCCCGCUUUGUUUUCCUCGGGGAGCCCCCCCACGCUCGGGGGCUUGUGGGACGUGCACGUGCAAAUGACACGGUGUUCCCAGCUGCUCUGUUCUCUGCCUUGUUUUUUCAGGUGCCUGUCCCUGUUUUCUCUUCCCGCUUUUGAAGAGAAGCUGCCGAGUCAGCGUACGCUGCGGUGAAGUUCUACAAGAUGCGGCCCUCAGGAACCGGUUGACGUGAGGGAAAUGCUUUCUGACCGCCUGCGCGGUGAGGGGACGUUUUUCACCUUUUAGCUCCUUCUGCACGACAAGAGGGAGACGGAAGAGGGGGAGCUGUGACCGCCCCGUGCUCAGCAGACCCCCCAGCCCGGGUGGGGGGAGCAGCGCCGGAGCGGGAGACGCGGCUCCGUCCUCCGUCCCCAGCGUGCCGGGGGGCGGCUGCCGGCCUGUGGGACGUGGCUGCGGCUGUUCGGGGCGCUGCCCCCCCAUGUUUGGGCGCUCUGAGCAGCCCCAUGUGCUGUUAAAGGUUGUGGUGGUGCGGGUCAGGGAUCCCCAGGCUGUGCCGAGACCGCAGGACGGCUGCUGGUGGAACAAAGUCAAGGACAACUUCUCAGAGACAGGCGAUCCGGAGGGAAAGAAGGACAGAGAGAAGAGAGUUGGAAAAACUGGCAAUGUUUUACUAAUGCUAUAUUAAGAGUAGAGAAAAUAAUACAAAACCAAUCCUGAAAGUCUCAGCAACUGCAGAGCCAGCACCUGAAGUCCUGGACUGGACUCUGCAGCCAACCGGAGCUGGAUUCAGUCUCUCAGCAGGCCUCAGUUUGCAGGGACGACUAGCAAGGUCCUCUCCUAAUGUCACCAUAAGCAGAAGGGACGAAAAGGGGCAAAGAGGACAAGAUCCUCAUGAUCUGCCACUUGUAUAUGAAGUAUUCAUGUGAAGGGGAUGUUAUACACGGUUGGUCAGUUUGUUGGUCACCUGUUUCUUGUUGCUCCUCUUGCAAGAUGUGAAUCUGUCCUUAUCAACAAGUAAGCAUUCCAUUGCAAUGUUUAUCAAAACAUGUAUGUAUCUGGUUCUCCAGGAAAAGGCAGCUAAUAUGAAGCUUCAGCUGACAGGCAAAUUCAUGCUGUCUGCCUAUCAGAUUGCCGGAGGGGCGGGCGUCGAGGGCUGGGUACUGCGUGCCGCCCGCAGCCAAUGAUGGUGCGGAAGAGGCGGGCGUUGCGGUGUCCCUACUGCGCAUGCCCCAGUCGCGAGCGCUGAUAGGCGGAGAGGGAGAUGAUUGACGUGUCCCGGGGAGCGAACCGGGAUGCGGCAAGGGGCGGGUGCUGCAGUCUCCCUAGUGCGCAUGCCCAAACCGCGAGCGCUGAUAGGUCCGCGGUGUCUCGGGGCCGGGGCCGGGGGGGGGAGACCGGAGGCGAACGGGAACGGGGGUCGGGGCGGCUGCGGAGCGCUCGCUGCGGCCGGCGCCCGGGCAUCGGGAGGCGGGCGGCUCAGGGCCGCCCUUCGUGAGGUUUCCCGGAGGCGGCAGAAGGGCGGAGGGGAAGGAGGCGACAGCCGGGGACCUCCCGCCGCGGGCGUCUUCGGGGCGCGGCGGCUGUCGGUGCCCGCGGAGCCCGGCGGGACGGCGGGGGAGCGCGAGGGGAACGGAGCGGCGAAAGAGGCGGCAGUGGAUCCGUCCGGCAGUCGGUGGCCCACGGUUGCUCGGCAACAGCAGAAGCGGAUUGAAGGGACCGGCCGCUGGAGGAUGCCGAAGCCUCCCGGGUCAGCGAUGGGAGCAGCUUUGCGUAAAGCGAGGGGUACGUGAAGCCGGGCGUGCGGUUUGUUUGUUGGUCACCUGUUUCUUGUUGCUCCUCUUGCAAGAUGUGAAUCUGUCCUUAUCAACAAGUAAGCAUUCCAUUGCAAUGUUUACCAAAACAUGUAUCUGGUUCUCCAGGAAAAUGCAGCUAAUAUGAAGCUUUAGCUGACAGGCAAAUUCACUGAAAGAGAAACUUGUUUUUUAAUGAAACCAGGACAGCCCCCUCCCCAAUCCCCUCAGGACUCCUCUGAUUCCCAUCUGCUCCUCUCAGGACAGCUGAGCUUGUCUUUUGGGGCCCCUGAGAGCCCCCAUUUACCUUCUUUUACCUACCUUUGUUGUUGUUCCCAGCCUAUCCUGGUGUUUUCCAUCCUUCAGGACUUACUUAUUACUGUUGUGAGAGUCCGAGAGAAAAGGAGGAGUGUCUGUGACUUACAACCGUCGUUGUUGAUCUACAGUGUUUUAGAGACGGAUUCUUGCAGGAUCUAUUUCUGGUUCGUCCUUCACUCCUCCCCAGACCGCAGCGCUGGUCCGAGUUCCCCAGCACACGUGUGUGUGUCCAGCCGGGUACGCUGGGGGAGCGCGUCAGGGCGGGCAGACGGCUGAAUGGACGCGCUGUCAGCGACUGCGGAACGAGCUGGGGCUGCUUUGACCGUGUCCAGCCUUGUGCGUGUGGUUUGUUUUCACUUGCAGGCUGAAACAGCAGUUUCCUUAAUUAAAAACACCCCAACAUGUCCCCCGGCCCCCAACAAAAAUAACGGCAAAAAUGCCACUGAAAGAAACACAGGGAGUUUUUAAAAAAUUUCCUUUAGCUUUCUCCCCCCUCCACCCCUACCCUGCUGCGUUCAGUGCAGUGAAUGACCGUGAGGAGAUGGCUGUGGAUCUGGCUGUUGAAGGGUGUGUGAAGGAGAAGGAGGUGUGUGUAGAGCAGGAUUGGUGGUGGAGGUGAGUGCAGCUGGUUUGGGUGUGGGGCUGUAAAUUCCUUUUGGAGGCUUCCUAGUUUCUGGUGUCACCUGCGGGGUGAAGUGUGACUCUGUGCAGGUUUGAAAGGUGCAACGUGCAGAGCUCCCUCAUUUGCCACCAGAUCUCCCAAUCACAGAGACAGCGUCGCUGUGCAGCUGCUAAGGACAGCGCGUCUCGUGCAGAAGAGCAUCCUUUGUGCUCCGUGUGCGUGUUCCUCCUUUGAAAUGAAGUUGGGCCGCCCGGUGUUCCACGUUACGUGUGGUACCUGCUGGGCUGAGUCUCCUCCCCGCGCUCCGGUCGGUUCCGUCGCGCUGCCGCAGCCCCGGCAGCACCGCGGCGUUCGCUGGACGCGUUGUUGGCGGAGCCGGCACCGACAAUCUUGACACGUCGAGGCGCUGCGGUGGGUUUGCCUGGAAAUUCCAAGGUAAUUCCAAGGCAGACAGUAAUAAUCCCCAAUUUAUGUAGUAAAAUUUAAAACAGUGGAAUAUAAAUACUGGAGCGCUAAUUGGAAGUAAUACCUGUAGAGAAAAAAACCUCUAGUUUAUAUCUACAAUAAAAAAUAAUGUGUGCUAGUUAAUCCGCCUGGUAGUAAUGUAAUGAUAAAAAUGUUAAAGUGUAAAUAGAUGAAAUUAUAUAGGCAUGAGCAAGAAGUAAAUUUAAUUUCAGCUAUUACUUGGUGAACUAGGCAGCAGUUGUUCCCAAUCUGAAUGCUAGUUUAAAAAACACAUUGUUUGGAAUUCCUUUUAAAUGAUAAAGGCAGAAAACUAAUGUGGAGUCAUUGGUAGCUUCAUUUGAACAACCGUUAUGAAAUAAACCGCAGACACGAAUGACUGCAUAGGAAACAAAGUGAGGAAGCUUUAGAUUUUAAACAGCAUUGGAAAGUGAUCGGGAGUGUUUAGUAUUUAAAUUAUAACAGAGCCACGAGAUGGGAGGCAACAAAGCUCAGAACCAAACAGAGUCAAAACGUUACAUUUCUUUUUUUAAAGAGAAGUAUAAUGGAACCACGAAGUAGUGGCUGUUUAUAAACAGAGGUAUUAAAAAGUUCCCAGGCAGUAAUGAUUCCCAACAGAACACUAAAAGAUAUUUAGAUGUAAAAUAAUAUUAGAAAACAGUUAUGACAGUCUGAAUUUAACCACAGCUUUUUUGGGGUUGUGCAAAAACAUGACCGCUAUUAAUUACCUCUGAGUUAAAAUAAAAAGACAUCAAACUAGCUGUGAUUAACAACAGCUAAUUUUAAUUUUUCAGUGUGCUAUCCAGUCCGGCUUCUCCCUCCAAGGGCGUGGUCUGAGAAAGCCACACCCCCAACUCCACCCCGUCCAAGCUCCGCCCCUGCCAGUCUGUGCCCUCCCCGAGGCGCGUGUCCCUUACAGACCCCUCCCAGCAGCAUAAUGCAUCGAAGCCCCGCCCGCGGCUCCACCCCUAAACUCAGCCCCUGCUAAACCACGCCCCCUCAGAGCACGUGCUGUACAGAGCCCACCCUACUCUCGGCUCCACCCCUCCCUUCCUAAGCUACGCCCUCUUUGGGCGUGUCCUCCGUGCCCCAAGCGGCUCCUCCUAUGGGGGUGUGACACACGGAGGCCCCACCCCCUGCCCAGUUCCCCCAGGUGGGCCUCCCAAUGGGCGUGUCCUCCCAGUCCACGCCCCUCAGCACGGAUCCCACCCCCGUGGGUGGGGCUACACCCAGCUGCGCGGGCGGCCCCCCCACCCAUGCGUGACCCUCAGUAACCCCAUGGCAGCCCUAUGGCUGCCCCACAGGUACCGCUACAGCAGCCCUGCUCCUGCCCCGCAAGAGCUCCAGACACGCCUCUGCAGAGCCCCCACAGCAGCCACUUAAGUGCCCCACAGCUAUCACCGCAGCCGCCCCAUCGCGCCCCACGGCCGCCGCUGCGGGACCCCUGGAGCCCCCGGCCCCACACCCGCCCCGCAGCCCCACAGCGCGCGGUCUCGCGGCCGCGGUGCCGGUGAAGCCACGUGCCGGCCGCGGCCGGAGGAGCCGCCGGUUUUCCCCCCCGCACCCCCCGAUCGCUGCUGCCGCGGCCGGAGGAGCCGCCGGUUUCCCCCCCCACAUCCCCCGAUCGCUGCUGCCGCGGCCGGAGGAGCCGCCGGUUUCCCGCCCACACAUCCCCCGAUCGCUGCUGCCGCGGCCGGAGGAGCCGCCGGUUUCCCCCCCUCACACCCCCCGAUCGCUGCUGCUGCCGCGGCCGGAGGAGCCGCCGGUUUUCCGCCCAGCCCCGACUCUCCUCCUUCCUCCUCAAUCGCCGCUGCCUGCCGCCACGAUGUCUUCUCUUCCGCCAUCUUGUUUCCCCCUUCUGCGCGCAUUCGCUAUUUUAUACCGAGGGAGGGAGGAGGCGCUCGCUGAUUGGCUGACAGUGUCAGCCUCGGAAGUCGUCCAUUGGCUCAUCCCCACGAGGGGUUCUCCGAGGGGGUGGGAGAAAGGCGCUGAUUGGUCACCGUGUCGCUGAGGGGAGGAAGGCACUGAUUGGUCACUUUCCGCCGAAGUUCGCCCUCCCAGUAACAGGCGCUGAUUCGCUAGCGCCCCUGAGGUAGAAAAGGCGCUGAUUGGUCGGCGUUUUCUCGCCGACGUUAGCCCACAGCAACGAAGCGCUGAUUGGGCAGCGCGGCUGACGGGGCGGCUCGGCCAUUGGCAGGAGGGCGGGCGGGGGGCGGGACCGGGCGGGACAACGAGGUAAUAAAUGGGGCGGCGCAGAACGCGCGCAGGACCAGAAAGGCGGAGGCGGCAGCGGCAGCGCGAGCUCAUCGGCCCCCCCCCCCCCCGCCCCCCCGCGGCGGGAAACCGGAGAACGGCAGGAACGGCGGCCGGAGUCAGUUAACGGGGUGGGUAAGGGCGGUAAUUAUCGUGCGGGUGUUAAUUGGGGCUCGGCGGGUUAAUGAGUGACCGGCGGGCUGGGGUGUAUCUGGGGGUUUUGAUCGGAACUGGGGUUUUAAAGCCGCGGGUUUGGGGGGGGGGCGGGGCGGGGGCGAUUAAGGCUCCCGGAGCCGCUUUAGCGGCUUAAAUCUUUGUGUUGAACGCGGGAGGAGCCGGUUCGGGGCUUUUCUCAGCAAUCGGGGCUGGUUUGGGUCCAAUUCGGCUUUUAAAAGAUGUUUUUACGUAAUUUUUGGGUGCCGAUUUGUGCCAGAAGGCGCCUUUGAAAUCUGUUUAUUGAGGGUUUAUCAGGAGAAUUAAAGUUUAAAGCUCGGGGAGAUUUGGGGCUUUUCCCCGGGAUUUUGAGUCCAAAUCGGUUUUUUUAGAGCCCUUAUUUAUUUAAAUUGUUAUGUUUAAAGGGUUUAUUUGAGGUUUUAUUUGGAACAUUUUGGGCGGGUUUGAGGCUCCUAAGGUUUAAUUGUUGGUUUAUUAUUUGAUUUAUUAUUUCACUGCGGUUCGGGGCUCCUGAAGACGCUGAGUUGUUUCAAUUAUUUAGCGCUGUGAGGACCCGUUUUGGGGCCGUUGGGGUCUAAAUCGGCUUUUUGAAAGGUUUAUUUAACGCGUUUAAAGUUUGAGGGGCCGAUUUGCGACUUUAAAGCUUUUUGAAUCUACUUAUUGAUAAGAAUUUAUACAAUAGAUUAAUAUUUAAAGCCCGGGGGGAGAUUUGGGGCUGUUUCCCAGGAUUGCGAGUCCAAAUGCGUUUUUUUCUGUUAACCGCUUAUUAAUUUAAAUUAUUAUAUUUAAACGGGGCUUUUUGAGGUUUUAUGAGGGUUUUUUUGAGCAUUUUGGGCGGUUCUGAGGCUCCUAAAGCCGCUUAAUUGUUUAAAUUAUUAAUUGUUAAAAUAAUGUAAGUAGUUGUUGAAAUAAGUGUGUAAGUUAUUGUAUUUAAAGCCGGGAGGGGCAUUUCGUUGCUUUUUGGGGGGUUUUAGGGCUGAAUUCACUUCAUUGAACGUGUCUAGAGCUGGGGGUCCCAGAUCUGGUGCUAAUUUGGCCCCAAAAAAAGCUUUAAAAAUCUAUUUAUUUAUAUAAUUUACUGAAUUAAUAUUUAAGCGGGAACAUGUUCGGCUUUUUUAACCCGCCGCCAUUUUGUCUCCCCCGUCCCGCUCUCCCUCACGCUGAGGGGGCCGAGGAGACGCUCGCUGAUUGGCCGGUGCCGUCUGGCGGGAAAGCCUCCCCCGGCUCAGCCCCGCUCGGCUGUCUCCGAGGGAGAGAAAGGCGCUGAUUGGUCGCUGCCUCUGAGGAGAGAAAGGCGCUGAUUGGUCGCCGCCUCCCUAAACCCACCUCCUGCGCAGAGAACAGCGAAGGCAGCCUGGCCACGCCCCCUCCGGCUGAUCGCGCCCCCCGCUCCGGCUGACCGCGCGUGCCCCCCCCCCGCAACUCGGCUGACCGCGUGCCCCCCCCAACUCCGGCUGACUGUGCCCCCCCGCCCCCCGGCUGAUCCCGUGCCCCCCCCACUGCACUCCUGCUGACUGUGCCCCCCCCACCUCCUCCGGCUGGCCACAUCUCCACUGCACACCAUGGCGGGGAUGGGGCGGGGGGGGGAUCACAAGGGUCUAUGGGGCGGUGUGGGGGUCAGGGCGGCUGUGGGGUCAAUGGGGUUGUUGUGGGGUGAAACACCCCUGAAGAGGCUGAACCCCCUACAGGUGAGUGACCCACACAGUGCCCCACAGUGCCCCAUAGCACCUCCAUUCUGCCCUACGGAUCCACAACACUGCCCCACAGCACCCUAUAGCUCCUGCUUGCUAUCCCACAGCACCCCAUGGCUUCUCCACUCUGCCCCAUAUGUCUACAGCAGUGCCACAGAGUACCUCAUAUGUCUUCCACUCUGCCCCAUGGGUGCAGAGUGCUGCCCUACAGCACCCUAUAGCUCCUGUACUCUGCCCCACAGAUCCACAGUGCUGUCCCACAGCACCCUAUAGCUCAUGUGGCCUAUAGACCCACUGUACUGCCCUACAAUGCCCCAUGGCUCCUACACUCUGCCCCAUAGACCCACAACACUGCCUCACAACACCCCAUUGCUCCUGCACUCUGCCCCAUGGAUGCCCAGUACUGCCCCACAGCACCAUAUAGGUCCUGUACUCUGCCCCAUAUAUCCACAGGAGUGCCCUGCAGCACCCCAUGGCUCCUGCACUCUGCCCCAUGGAUGCCCAGUACUGCCCAACAGCACCAUAUAGGUCCUGUACUCUGCCCCAUACAUCCACAGGAGUGCCCCCCAGCACCCCAUGGCUCCUGCAUUCUGACCCAUGGAUGCCCAGUACUGUCCCACAGCACCAUAUAGGUCCUGUACUCUGCCCCAUACAUCCACAGGAGUGCCCCCCAGCACCCUAUGGCUCCUGCAUUCUGACCCAUGGAUGCCCAGUACUGCCCAACAGCACCAUAUAGGUCCUGUACUCUGCCCCAUACAUCCACAGGAGUGCCCCCCAGCACCCUAUGGCUCCUGCAUUCUGACCCAUGGAUGCCCAGUACUGCCCAACAGCACCAUAUAGGUCCUGUACUCUGCCCCAUACAUCCACAGGAGUGCCCCCCAGCACCCUAUGGCUCCUGCAUUCUGACCCAUGGUGGAUGCCCAGUACUGCCCCACAGCACCAUAUAGGUCCUGUACUCUGCCCCAUACAUCCACAGGAGUGCCCCCCAGCACCCCAUGGCUCCUGCACUCUGCCCCAUGGAUGCCCAGUACUGCCCCACAGCACCGUAUAGCUCCUCUACUCUGCCCCAUACAUCCACAGGAGUGCCCCCCAGCACCCCAUAGUGACUCUACUCUUCCCCAUAGACCCACAGUGCUGCCGCACAGGACUCUACUCUGCCCCUUAGACCCAGAGAGCUGCCCCACAGCAGCCUGUAGGUGCUGCGUUCUGCCCCAUUGGUGCAAAGUGCUGCCCCACAGCGCCCCACACCUCUGUCCACCUGACCACCCUUCCCUCCUGACUGCGCCUGCACUGCCCACUAUGGGUGGGUCACAAGGGUCUAUGGGGCGGUGUGGGGGUCAGGGCGGCUGUGGGGUCAAUGGGGUUGUUGUGGUGUGAAACACCCCUGAAGAGGCUGAACCCCCUACAGGUGAGUGACCCACACAGAGACCCACAGCAGCCCAUAGCCCCUCUGCCCUAUAGAGUCACUGCACCCCAUAGCUGCUUUUACUCUGCCCCAUAAAUGGACAGCAGUGCUCCACAGCACCCUAAGUCUCCACUGUGCCACAUAGACACACAGUGCUGUCCCACAGCACCCCAUAUCUUGUUCACUCUGCCCUCUAGACCCACAGUGUAACCCUACAGCACCCCAUAGUUCCUCUGCCCUAUAGAUCAACAGCACUGUCCCAGAAAACACCAUAGCUUCUUCCCACUAGCCCAUAGGCCAGCAAUUCUGCCCUACAGCGCACUAGCUCCUGCACCCUAUCCCAUAGACCCACAGCAGUGCUCCACAGAUCCAGUCUGCCCUAUACAGCCACAGCACUGCUCUGCAGCACCAUAUACUUCCAGCACUCUGGCCCAUUGAUAUGUAGCACCCCACAGCUGCUGCAUUCUGCCCAUAGAUCGAGAUUCCUGGGUCCCCUCACCCCACCAGCUGUCCUGGGUUGCGAUGCUGCACGGGGCCCUGUGCACAACAAAAUGAGGACAGCAUGGCUGCUGGGCGCCACCCUGCUUGGAAUCCGAGAUGGCUGGGGGGGGAGGGCUGGCAGCCAUGCUGGCACUGCCGGAGGGGCUGUUGGUCUGCGCCGUGCUCAGGCGGCAGCUCCCGGCUGUAUCGGCUGCUCCUGUGGCCCUGCACCCUGCCCAUGGGAACAAGGUGGCUGCCCUGAUGGGCGUGGCCAUCUCGGCUGCUGUGUCCCUGCUGGUGGGCGGGGCCAUGGCUGUCAUGGCUGCCAAGCCUGUGCUGGAAGGGUGGGGCUGAGGUGGGUGGGGCCUGCCUAGGGUGGCCAUUCUGGGGUGGGGCCCAAGGUGGGUGGUGGGGCCUGUGACUCUGUUUGCCCCUGACGGCCAUCUUGGAAAAGGGCAGCACUGUGCCGCUGCCAUCCUGACGUUGCUCCCCCAGGGCCAUGUUGGGGGAUUUUUAACCUGGUUUUGGGGCCAAUUCUCACCCAAUAAAAUUAAAUAAUGUAAAAAAA